GCUACUAUAGACGCUAUCUCACGUUGUCACUAUCUCAAAAGUCAAAAUGUUAAUUUCAUAGCAGGUAAUAUUAUGCUUUGUCGUUGCCGCUGACUUUCUGCAUAGAGGCUAGAAAUCAGAUUCGUCAUGACCCCACUAACAUCGAGAUGGGCACGGAAUAAAUGUCUGAAAAUGGCCUAAUAGUCAGUACAAGGAUUCUGUUAAAAAAAAAAAAAUACCUAACAUUCCUCGUCCGUGUGCCGCAGAGCGAUGAUUUUUAUGUUUCUAGUCAUCGUUAUUGCUGUCGUACUGCAGAUAGCACUAAUUUCUGUUUUCAUUGGUGCUGGAGUUUAUUACUUGGCUGAAUUUGUCGAAGAGCACACAACAUUAACAAAAAAAGUUAUAAAAUGGACAAUUCAUGUUGUGAUAAUAUGUCAUAUUGGAUUGUAUAUAUUUGACAAUAUACCUUUAACACUGAUUGCUUUGGGUCUUUUGAGUCAUAUAGUCUACUACUUUUUGCUCAUUGACUUUCCUCACUUCAACUUAACAUCGCUAUCAUUUAUUUUGUCAAUUAUUCUGUUAAUUGGAAAUCAUGUGCUAGCCUUCAAAUUUUUCAGACAACGUUAUACAACAUUAUCUGAAGUUUUUUCGUACUUCACAGUGUGUUUAUGGAUGGUACCGUUUAUGUUUAUAUUAUCCUUAUCGGCCAAUGAUAAUACAUUACCAAUCACCAGUGUGGAUGACAAUGUUGUAUCACAUUAUUUCACCAAUCGUAAACGAAGUUAUAAGAUAAAGAACCUUUUUACUUAUCUUGGUGAGAUUACUGGCAAAAAUAACCAUCUGAAGUAAUGAUUAAACAUGAAGAAAUGGUACUUAUAAGUUCAAUAUAAUAUUAUAAUAUGUAAGUAUAGAAUUAUUUGUAUAUUUAUGUGUUUAAUUAUUUGUAAGAAUAUUAAUUACCAUUGUUAUCUAUAUAUUUUAAUAAAAAAAAAAGACUGUUUAACAUACAGUUGUUUGAUAUCAGUUUA